AUGGUUGGAAUCCUUUCAGAGACAUUGGCCGUCACUGAUGGCCCUCUUACAUCAGAGAACGCUACCCUCCUGAGACCGUCUGACCCUAACCUCCCUGUCGAUGAAUUGCGAAAGCGAUAUGAAGAAGAUGGAUACCUGUUUCUCAAGCAGGUGUUGCCCCGCGCCGACGUCCUAGAAACCCGAAGAAAGUACUUUGAACAUGUCGGAAAUAACACGAACGUCCUGAAAGAAGGGUCGGAUCCCGUUGAAGGGAUCUUCAACCCUACAAAGACUCCCGAAGAGUUUCCUGGAAUAGGUGCUGGCCACGCUCCAGGGAAUGGCCGUCCUGGAGGCGACAAGGCAGCCAAGUUUGUUGAUUUGGCAAUCGAUGCGCACUACCGAGACUGGUAUACGCAGGAUCUGUGCGGCCACCCAGAUUUGUACAGUUUCAUUGCCAAGUUCACGGGAUGGGGAGAAGAUACCUUGGGAUUCCGCCGGACUCUUCUGAGAAACAACAUCCCUCACAGCCAGCCUAUUGGUGUUCACUACGAUCAAAUCUUUCUCCGCUACGGGGAGCCCACGGCUGUAACCGCAUGGGUUCCAAUUGGCGAUAUCAAGCUGAAUGGCGGAGGAUUGAUCUACUUGGAAGAUGGAGACGCCGUUGGAUUGAAGCUCGAGCAAGAGUUCACAACCAAGGCAAAGCAGGCAGGGUUGACGGAUGAAGAAGCCAAGUCGGCUUUCAACUCGAACAUGAUGGCAACCGGUUUACUCUCUGAAACUCCGGCAGAGUUUGCAAAGGAGCACAACCGACGCUGGCUCGUUUCGGCCUACGAAGCUGGAGAUGUCGUCCUGCACAAGCCUCAUGCAAUCCAUGCAUCUACUAUCAACCAAGACCCGGACAAUAUAAUCCGCCUUGCAACUGACCUGCGGUUCUGCGACUCUUCCAAGCCCUAUGAUAAGAGAUGGAUGAACUUUUACCGAUUCGGAGAUGGUGUUUAA